GUAAGCUUCGUUUUGUUUAUGAUGAGAAAUUUAUAAAUUUAAGAAGUUUUAAAAUUGAAACUUUAACGUGAUUUGUCAUAUUUUUUAAAAGUUGAUCAUUAUUAGAAUGUUUAUCAACUUUUUUUGUUCCAAUUGUGGUCAUAUUUUAAAGAAAUCAUCUUCGCUAAGGUUGUUUCAUACAUCUCAUAAAAGACUGAGUGAUAACAAAAAUUAUUAUGAGAUCUUAGGACUGAAAAAUGAUUGCACACAAAAAGAAAUAAGAAAUGCUUUCGUAACUCUCUCCAAAGCACAUCAUCCAGACUUAAAUUUAAAAUCAACUGACAGUAAAUCCAACCAAGAUUUCAUAAAAGUCAUGGAAGCUUAUCAAGUGUUAUCAAAAAUUCACAGUCGUUCAAAUUACGAUCUGUCUUUGAGAGGAAUCGAUACUGUGAAUUAUAUUAAACGAGAUACAAUUUAUGAACCUUGGAAAGUCGAUCCAUCGUCUUACAGUGAGAAGGGGCCGAGUUAUUCACCUUAUUAUGGCGUUAAAGGAAUCAACAAGAUGAAAAAUUGGAAGAUUGUCAUGGCUUGUGCAAUUUUCUGUGCAUUUGGUGUAUUAGUUCAAGUUCUUGCAAUUAGCAACUCGAUGACAUUUAGACGUGAACAACUUGAUCGAACUUCAGCAGCUUACAGCAAACAACACGAAGAAUUGCGAAAUAAAGUGAAAACAAUGCAACAAACAGAACAUAUUGAGAAUAUGGAGAAGCGUUUAAAGUGAAGCAAAUUAAAUCAGUGUUAAUUACUGUAAAUUCUAGAAAAAUAUAUUUUUAUUAGGUUUUAAUUAAAAGAAAAAUUUUCGUUUUA